UAUAUACAACAAAAUGUAGCUUCUUUGACUCGUUUCUGGUCCUUUCGAAUAACUCCCACGCAGUUUAGCGGAACAGUUCGUUGGUGGGCAAUCUGAUUCAGAUUGACUCUACGGCUAUUACAUCAUGGCUGGAAACAGCGAGGAAAUGGAAUUGAAGGAUUCCGCAGCUCCUGGAUCGCCACAGCAAAAUUACGACUCUUUAAAGGAACUCAACGCUAACAAUGGUAAGCAUAACAAUUUUCUUCUUUCCCUCUGGUUGUAGGUUAAGCCUAAAUGUGAUACGGCUUCGUCGAAGGAUAAAAUCAUUUGCUGCCAAUAACUGCUUUAGUAAAUGCUCACGGUGUAUUUUAAUAUAGACAGAAACAAACCUAAACUUAAACUUGAAUAAAGGCUAACCUUAUUAUUCGAUAACAAUCAAUGACAAUACUUACUAGUCAAAUAUCGGAAAUCGGAUAUUAAAAAAUGGAUAAUAAGAUUUGUUGAGAGUAAUCGGUGAUUACGAUUUUUCAAUUAGCGUUGAUAACCUUUGAUCUUUAUAUUCGACUAAAAUUAGCCACCUUAAGAUUCAUGUUGUUGCAUGUUUUGUAAUAAGAUGGUAAACUAAUGGUCAUAGCACUGAGUGGAGUCCAAUUUGGUUGGUAAUCAUACAAGUGAUAACAAAAUGGGACAACCACACAGCAGGAGUCCAAUUUCUUUUAUCUUGGGUAUGAUUGCAGACCGAAUUGGACAACACAAAGUUCUGUUACCAGUUGAUCAACAUAGGCUUUUUUAACGUGCAUGAGCUAUUUUGAAUGCCUCAGUUUAACUGUACCAAAGAACUACUCUUUUAAUCCUAAACUUGGACUAUUUUUUGCGCAAAAUUGGAUAUUGCUGUACAUUAAUGAAAAUGAAAAACGCUGCCCACCGCUGAGUGAAUCAUCAUACUAUAGAUUCACUUUUCUUUGUCUUUCCUUCGGACAUCUGGUGCAAUGUUAAAGUACUUUGAAUAUCAACUCACCAAACGUUGCUUAGAGGGAGGACUCGAAGGUUUCAGUUAUGUUUCUUUAUGGUUUGUUAAGAUAAUGUGGCUUGUCGAAUACCAAAUAGCUAGGAAAUGUCACAAUUUUCAUCAUUGUUGUAGAUGGUUGCAUCAUUAUUAUUCAUGAGGUUGUCCAGUCUGCUACACAGCCGUUUUUAGUGUUGUCACGCAACACUCCUCCCCACAAAUGGCUGCUGAGAAUCAAACCAUAUUCCUUUCCCGCAGUUAACCAAUAAGAAUGCAGCCCCCAUUUUCUGGAAGGUAUUUGUGCCACGUUUGCGGUACGGUGACUCCUCCAAUCACAGCUUUGCUUUUAUUGGUGCCCCAUGUGAAUGACAGAACAAUCGAAAUCCUCGCAUGAAAACAAGCAAUCAGCUAGAGUGGUGUUGUCAUAGUCGAGUCCUAUUCAAAAUUUAUGAGAUAAGCAGCAGCAGUAAGUGAGUUGAGCAAAUGUGAUGCACAAUGUAAAUGUGCUUAUAAAGUUGCUGGGUAUAGUUUUGGGAAAUCACUCAUCGAUAAUUUUAAGAUUACUUUUGUUUGAAUCAGUACCCUUGAGAGUUCAGUCACACGUACAGCAACACAAUAAGCACAUCCAGCACAUGAAAUUCAUCAUACCUAUGCACGUUAAAAAGAGCCAACCAAUCCUGGUAAAAGUCUUGUAGGUCUAUCAAACUUUUUUUUUCUCUUGGAACUUUGUUUACCGCUUAAAACAAACUUUUCUGCAAAUUAACCUUUUCGUUGCUUGCAGACACAGAGCCCAUCCAAAUUCAGCGACAAUUGAUUGAUUUGUUGAAAAUUGAGAAGUGUGUUUGUUUCCUAGCGCCCUGCGGCUCACGCAAAGUCAAGUUUCGUAAAGUGCACAUUAUAGCAUAUAGAAUGAAAAUCAAAUUAACAUUUCAACAGAUGACGUCAGAUGUCACUGAGACGUCCAGGUUUUGGAUGUGUACGUCACAAUUUGCUGAAUGCUUUUGUGUGAGGUCUUCUGGUCUCCCUUCCCCUUCAAAUUUCAAAUCUCCUCUCUUACAGCCCCUAGUGAAGGCCAGAUACUCAAGCUAGAAACAGGCAUAAGAGGCACCUUGAACAACUCUAGCCUGUUGAGUCCAUUUUAUAACUUGGGCUAGCACUCUCACCUAACUAAUUGCCUAUAAACAGUAUAUGAAAUGAUCUAAACCUACAGUCAUGUACAAAUCACCUAAAAUAGGCCAUUUGCAUCUAAAAGUCAUAAUAUUAUGUGACCUUUCCCAUGCUAAAAUUUUAGCACACAACAUUAAAUAUUCUCCAUCACUUGAAAUUUGGAGUACCCAUCCUUGGCAGAUAGCUACUGGUUCAGGGUUGUUGAUAUUUUUACAAAUAAUGACAGCACUUUUAUUGGAAAAAGAAGAAAAAAUAGAACCAAAAAAACUGUUUGCAACUUGUUUUGUUUACCCGGCAACUUGAAAUCUUAGUGACAACCCUGUGGUUGAUAAUUACAAAUAAUGACAGCACUAUAAAACUGCAACAAUUUUACAGACAUAAUGUAUCAUAGAGGCAUGCAAAGACACUGUUACUGCUGGUAAAUAGAGUGAUUUAACGUUACCAACGAGACAGAUUUUCACAAUCAGUGCCAAAUUGCUGCAAGUAAAAAAAGGAAGACAAAGGGAUUAGUGCAUUAUGCAGGGCUUCUGAUAAAUCCGCGAAAUCCUGCGAAAUUCACAAAAACACGCAAAAUACCACGACAUUCGGUAGAAAUUUCAUCAAAUACAUGUCUGUACAGCAAUUUUGAAACUUGUCUCAGCUACUGGGGGCAUUUACUUGCCGUAAACGCGCAAAUUUAUGUUAAAACUUCAUCACUAAAAUGUGCAAGCAACGUUCCGCAACUACCAGGCAUCGGUUAUGUUGCGAAAAACUAGGCACUAGCCAUGAUGUUUAAGGCUCUGCUAUUGGUUCAUUUCUGGGGCGUAUUGUUGUUGAAAGAGCAAAUGAUGACCUCUGUUAGAAAAACAUUAAAAUCGCCGGUCUGAUCAGGGCAAAACCAAUCAAUUUCUAGCAAAAAUAACCACAAAAUCCGCCGUUUUUUUACCGGUUGCUUUCCGGCCAAGUUUGCCCCAAAAAUGGCGCGGAAUUCCCGCGAAAUCGGGCGAUUGUUGCGCUUUUUUGUCCCUAAAAGUCCCGUGAAAUUUGACUUUUUUUUCCGCAACCUAUCAGAAGCCCUGAUUAUGGCGUAUAGUAGUCUACUACCUAUUCAGGGUGCAAAGGAAGUCAUUUUUAAAGCUUGCCAUUCAGGCAAACUGAAGUUAGCAUAUACUAGCCCAAACAUCAUUUCAACUAGCCCCAUGAACAUUUUAAUGAGUAGAAUUGAUUUCACAGUUCUUCUGUAAUUUGAAUUCCUCAAAAUACUUCACUUGCCCGUUGGGCAAAUUAAGAAAAGAAUUCACUAGCCCGAUAGCAAAAUCCACUAGCCCCAGGCUAUCAGACACUACUUUCUAUGCAUGCUGCUAUUUCACAGAUUAAGUAAGGUCACUCCUUGGACCUCAUCCAGAUACAGUCAACUCUCGCCUUGUGGACACCCCGCUAUACUGGACAGCAGCUAAAUCCCCUCCAAAAAUAUAUUAGAGAUGUUUGACUGAAAUAAACUCCUGCUGUUACGGACUCUCGCUAAAGAGGACACUAACUCAAAGUCCGUACAGUGUCCUCUAUAAAAGGAGUCAGCUGUAAUUAUUAUUUGGAUGAGGUCCAUGGAGUGACCCUCCCUUCCUUCCUCUGUCUUCUUUUAUGUACUUGAAGAAAUUUGCCAUUGGUUGUUAGGGUGAAGAUUUUGCAUGUCAUAACUUCUUCAAAAGCCUGACUGACAAUCUUGAAUGUUAGAUUACUUACUUUUUUUCUUUAUCUCAGAAACUACUGAAAAAACAUAUACUUUGUCUGAUGCUGUAGAGGAAAUUGGGAUUGGAAAGUUCCAGAUUCUCCUCAUUCUAAUGGCUGGCUUUGUCAAUGUAAGUUUUUUAAGCAUCAUGUCAUUUUGCUAUUGAUUGUGUUUGUUUAUUUAUUAUUAGUAUUUACUUAAUCAGCGGAUAGCAAUUUUUGCUCAUUUUGAUUGGCUCCUGUACAUGUAGCUCUGAAUAUCCUUGGUUAUUCACUGUUUUUCGACGAGAUCGAAUCAUUAUCAUGACAUCCCUUGUUUUCACGAAAGUUUCAGAAGACAUCUUUUUAAUGGCAAAUGAAGUAGCUGUACUGGCAAAUACCAAGAAAGCAAUGUAAUUGCCUAGUCAGUGAUUACUGUAGGUAUGCAAAAAUAUCUUGAAAAUGCACUCAACAAAUCCCCUCAAACGAUAUCAAUUAAAAUGAAAACAAAACUCUUACCAAGCAACAUCUUUUAUUGCAAAAAGUAUGUUUUCAUUUCCAGCUGAUUAGGUAAGUACUACAAAAAUGACAGAAAAUAACUAUCGCCCCGUUAGGGUCAGUGCAUUCUGCUAGAUAGAUCCCCAUACUCCAGUCUUUAGGAAUCACCUCAUGAUUCCAGAUCUUAGCAAAGAAAUCGGUAAGCACCAGAGAUGCAGUGGUGGUGUCUGCCUUUAGCAAUUCUGCUUGAAGUGAAUCAAUCCCUGAAGCUUUUCCAUUCUUCAUUGCUUUCAGAGGAUAGUUGUAUAAUAAAAUUAUUAUUGUUUUAGUAUUAUUAUUAUUAUUAUUAUUAUUAUUAUUAUUAUUUCUUUUCAUUAUUAAAAAUCUGCUUGAAAAAGUAUGUCAGUGUCAAAUGAAAUCAGAUAUAGGCUUAGUGUUGAGUUUUUUCUCUUGGUUUAAUAUUUCCUUUAGCUUGCAUUUGAGUGGAAACACAAGAGAACAUCAAACAUUCUUGUUACACACGUAACAGUAUUUUAUUUCUAGCAUAUGAUGUUACUGUUGUACAGAAACUGUUAUUCAGUUAUCUACUUAUUUAAAUGUUUUAGAUGUGUGAUUCCUUGGAGCUCUUGCUGCUUUCUAUCUUAGCACCAACAAUUCAUUGCUUGUGGCACUUAUCAUCUUGGGAAGAGGCUUUUAUUACUACUGUAAGUGAAAGAAUGACAUGAUGAUAACUCCCAAAUGUAGUUCCACUGUUUCUCUACGUCGUUAGUUCCUCAAUUCCAAUAACAAAUCCAUGAGACUUAAUAUAACUUGAACCAAGUUACUGAGCAGUAGCCUUUCUGUCAGGCUAGAGAAAACUGAAACAAAAUUCUUCAUUUAAUUCAGUGAGCAUUGUAAUUCUGCUUUGUAAAGACCACAGGUUAAGGCAUUCAUUCCUUCACUGCCUGUAACUGACCUUUUGGAACCAUGUCCUAGUACCACUUGUGACAUCAUCACUUUUCCUGGACGUAAGUCAGAUGUGACACUUAACUUGUGUUAGGGAAAAGUGGUCUUUCAAACCAUACCCAAAUGAACAAAAUUCAGACCAAAGGCCAGACAAUGGAAAAAUGCAAACAAUUUUUCAACAAGACUCUGUUGAUUGGGCAAACAACAAGGGUACUUACCAUUUGACAGAAAAUUUCUAAAAUUCUGGAUGGAAGGUAAAUGGUAAGGUCACUCUUCAGAAAUUCCAACCAAAAAUUGAGGUGUACGUUUUGAGGUGGUCCAUUCAUUCCGGAUGGUACGUACCAAAUGAAAUGUUGCUUACCAUUUACUAAUUUCUCAGUUCCUUCUUGGUUCCACGCUCACGCCACACCAAUUUGUCCCUUUUUUGGAUACAAACCGUAACAGAUGUGGCAAUUCUGCAGUAAACUGGUAAAUCGCUUACUGUCAUGCUUUUAGCACCCCAAUCGCUUUUUUCUGUCAAAUGGUAAGCACACCGAGUGUUUCUGUUGUCCAUAUUAACAGGGUUUAUAGGGGCUGUGUCAAGACUUUCCAGUUCACUUUGUUAAUAAUACCAUCUACACAUCCUUGUUCGCUAUGAGACUUGAGAAAUGACUUGUGAAUGACAAAACCACCUCUUUGUGUCAAACAAAAUAAUAUGUCUCCUAAGCAUUAAAUCAACCCAUUUCAAACAUUACGAAAAAACAAAAAUAAAAUUCAAAAAAACUGUUAGGCUAAGAAGUUUUCAAAAUCCAUAAUUGCAAUAUCAGUAUUAAUCUUCUUCAAGUUUGUCCAUCCAUGUCUCUGUGCUAUUUAUGCAUGUUGUGUUUCGGGCAAUUAUUUCUAUGUUCUACUCAGUUUGGUGGCAGUUUUCACUGUUUGAAUUUUGAUGAUUUUGUGACACAACUCCUUUAAUUUAGAGAAAAUGUUAGGGCUUUCCCCAGGGAAAGAGAAAAUUUUCCCAAGAAUGAGGUUUCUAUAUUAAGCGGGUGUAGUAGUAAGCAGUUCUCUUAACUUACAUGUUGUUUUUGUUGUUGUUUUAACAGGUUGUUUUUCUUGGCAUGGCUGUUGGUGGCCCAUUAUGGGGUUAUCUAUCUGAUAAUUUUGGAAGAAAAAGUGUGAGUGAAGCUUAACAUAUUUAUGUACAACUUCUUUUAGUUUGUGACUUGUCAAAUGACAAGUAAUUAUUAUUAUAUUAUUGUAAAUAAGAAGAUUAGUAUGAAAAGAAACAAUAUACAUGUGUCAUACAAAUUUGGUCAUGCUGUGAACUCUUUGAACCCAAGAGUCGUUAAUUUGCAUAAGUAGGUUGAGUAUGAUCUUCCGGGUAAAAGUAGUCUGAAUAGGAUUGUUGUCAACAGUGACUGACAUUGCGACAACCUGUGCGGUAAAAUAAAUAAAUAAAUAAUGAUUUGGAGGUAGCACAUCCGCAAAAUGGUUCUUCAUCUACCUGAUUCCUGAUCGAAUUGGAAUUUGGAAAUGUUGGUUUUUGAAGGGAGGGGAGUACCGGAGAACCCAGAGAAAAACCUCUCAGAGCAAAGGAGAGAACCAACAGCAAACUCAACCCACAUAUGGUGUCGGCACCAGGAUUUGAACUUGGGCCACGUUGAUGGGAGGCGAGCGCUCUCACCACUGUACCAUCCCUUGCUCUCCCGCAAGUGUGGUAGUUAUCUUCAGAGUCAAUGUGAGUGGUAUCACAUCAGUUUUUGGUAUGAAACUCUGGUUGUUGCCCUGAUAGGUCAAUUAAGUUGCGAUGUUAUUGGUCAUCUGUCAGUUAAGCCACGAUGUAGCCUGUUCCAGGCUCCAAGAUAGUUAGGUUCACUGAAUUGAGAAAAUGCGAACACACACAAAAAAAGCAGGAGAACAAUGGAGAGAGGAAAAGGCGACGGAGCCUGUAAUCAUUUCUUUAAACGGCUUGUUCCGGUAUACCAGCUCCUGGUAUAACCUCUGAGUGGUUACAUCAACACUGCCAAAGCAGGUCGUUCCUGUCACUCAGAAGGAGGGUGCACAGCUUCCAUGCGUGUGAAGUAGAAGAAUCCACAAUAACUUUUGUGUUGAACAAAUACCGGUAUUUAAGAGAUUUCCUACAUAUAGGAGCGCUGAGGAAGGAACAGAAGACCUAGCUGCCUUAUAAACUUGGCAUGUGGAAAAGAUGUUUCUGCAAUCCUGCCGACCGGCUUCGGUGGCAAUAACAACAGAACAGUUGUAAGAAGAAGUUAUUAACACGGGAGGAACUAUGUGCUCCAGUCCCGACUCACAUUAUCUGUAGAAAAACAAGCUAGAGUUUAAAAAUCAUUGCUUAAAGAGCAGUCUUGACUUAGUCACAAUGUAGUUCUCCAUAUUUAAAGUAGCUUCAGUUUAAGCUGCAAUCCAUUCUUUAAAAUUUGGAUCUGUGAAUCAACAUCUGUGAGAAUUGAACACCCUACAAAAAACAGUAACGAGCUUGGCUCAGCUUGACAAAACAUUGUAGGAAACUAUCACAUUCACAGACAAAAGAAAAAUAGUUUUUAGUUAUUCAGAUCAAGGAGGGACUUUGGAGAAAAUUAAACAACCUAAAUAAAACCUUUAUUUAGCUGCAAAGAAGAACUUUACGUUUCGAAGAAGAUUCUCAUUUCACCAUAGGGCAAAUCAUGCUGACCAGAAACAAUAACUGCAGAAAAUGAAUAUGCGUGUCAUGACCUCUCAGCAUGAAAUAAGUGUCGUUGCCGUAGUUGCUUAAGCUCUCUGUUGUUAGAUUUGCUUGAGUCCGUCAAUAAGUCAUUUGUAUAGUGCAGGUAACUGUUUACUAUGAUUCAGUGGUGUCUGUUCAAUUUUUUAAAGUGUAUGUGUCCUUUAUUCUCGUAACUUGUAUCGUUUGAUCAGACAGUGACAUAGGGAGAAGUUAGUCAUUGGUAAGUUAGGUCUUAAAGAAGGGUUAGGAGAUUAAACCAACAGCUACUGUCAGUGCAAUACAAACACUGCAAAGAUAGUAACCAUUCCAGGUUUCAGUGAAAGUCAUUAAUUUUUCUCUUUUUUUUGAUUUCACAGAUGAUCAUUGUAAGUGCCAUCUGGAUUGGUUAUUUUGGUUUCAUUAGUUCAUUUUCACCUCAUUACAUAUGGAUCAUUACACUACGCUGCUUGGUUGGCGUUGGAAUUGGAGGUAUUCCUUCAAUGUAAGUGAAUAUUUUUUAUGUUUACAUGGUCAGUCCAGAUGCAACCCUAUAAGAUAUAACAGUGAGGUGGUUGUAUCAAUGGGGUUUUAAGAAUAAUAGACUUACAAAUUGUUUUGUACAUUUGUGUUGAAAGAAUAUAGUCAUAAAUUAUGUUAACCUGAGGUGGUUGUAUAAACAGUGUUUUUUUUUAAAACAGUGUUCCUCUGUAGUUUGUUUUGGGUGGAGUUCUACACUUGGCCGUUCUAAACUGUUAUGCACCAUCAUUUAAGCAAUAGAAAAUGUUUUCCAUGUUUGCAUAGCCUGAUAUAAACACAAGAGGGAUUGAGAGAAUUUGAGACAGUCAUGCAGACCCGAGACAAAGUCUACGGUUUGCAUAACUGUCAAGAAUUUUCCCAACUCCUUGAGUGUUAUAUCAGGCUAUGCAAAUACAGGAAAAAAGUUUUCUACUGCUUUUAUAAAUUAAAUGUCUUGAGAAAAAAUGCAAAACUCUCUGUUAUGGCACUGAUUAAAAGAGAAAUUCUCACUAGUCAUGAAGUCUUGCAUGGAUAAUCAGUUCUUGUUUUGCAAAAAAGAGGCUUUCGAAAAUACGCAUUUUUCUCACUUAAAUUGUGUUCUGGAGGUCUUUAAAUGUAAGGAUGGGGCUUAGGGGUGGGGUGGUAGCUAAACUAAAUUUCACAAGGGAAAAUCUGUUGUAUCUUUUUUUUCUUACUUUACCCACAGGUACACACUUCUUAUAGAAUUUCUACCCAUCAAUGUGAGAUCAUAUAUUAUACUUUGUCUUGCUGUAAGUAUUUUCCAGCUUUCUUUGAUAAUAGCUUUUGAUAAUGAUGAUGACUUGAAGCCAUCAAAAUGUCAAGUUUCUUUUAUUUGACUCUGAAAUAUUAUUAUCCUGUGGUUGUAGUAUGUUAUUUGUACUUACAGCUAUUGGUUAGUUGGCAUGACUGUGUAAUAUAUGACUGUAGGACACAUGAUAAUGUGAGUGCCUGGAAAAAAGGAACUCCUAGAAUUUUUUUAUCAAGUCCUGGAGAGGUCCUUGAAUGAAGUUAAAGAAACCCAUAUGAACCAUGAUAUGGAAUGAGAUGCCAAAUAGUUUAAAAAACAUACCAAAGAAGAUCUUCAGAAAAAAACUCAAAGGAGCAUCAUUAGAUAUUUUGAAAACCAUAGACAACUAUAUAGAUAAUGACAAAAUCACGGCUAAUCUUAAAGAAUAUUGACGUUUAUGUCUUCUCUUUCUUAUAUCUAGGUACCUAUCAUAUCAUAAUUAUUCUAUUUUUUGUCCUUUUUUACUCUUUUUUUUUUAAUUUAAUUUUGAGCCACAUUACAUCUUGAAAUCUCAGUACUGUUUGUGAUGACUCUAUCAAAGGCUCUUUUUUUGAGUUUCCCUACAUCUUGGUUUUUUGAACUUUUGGUCCCAAACUCCACAAAGACUCAAAUGUUUUGAAGCAUAGACUCUUAUUAUUAUCAUUCACUACCCUUUUAUUACUCAUAUUCUUUUCUUUGUUCAUUUGUUACUCAUAUCCUUCUCUUUCUGUUUUCAGUUCUUUUGGGCUCUUGGAUCAACUUUCUUGGUCUUUCUUGCACUUGUUGUGAUGCCAACUCUUGGAUGGAGGUGGUUAACAGCACUUUCCACCAUUCCCGUCGUAAUUUUUAUCAUUUUAUGCAAGGUAUGAAUGGGAUUGUUUUGCAGUCUCUGCCAUUUAUUUCCGUUUAUAUUUUGUUAGUGUAUUGAUCAUUGUCAUUACCAGUAUAUUAAAUCUCAUUCUUUUACUCUGAGAAUGUGACUUGAGAACUGGUGGGCCUGGUUUUUUUUGGUGAGAUUUUCCUAGUUAGCUGUUUACUUAUAGUAAACUAUAAACAAGAUAGUACUUCCAACAAGUCCACUCAAUUUGUUGCAUGGGAGGCUGCUGGUGUAAACGCUAGACAUACGACAAAACAGGGUGUUUAAAAAUCAAGGGCAAAUUCAAGGUCAUUCAAUAAAACUUUUAAAGAGUGCAUGGCUAUUGUUCACAGAGUUUAAAACAAUACCAUAAAUAGACUUCAUUGCACUUGUAAAAGGUUUUAUUCAAUUGACCCCUUGUAAAGUAAUGGAGGCAUUGGCUUUACUUUAAGACUGUGUCUUAAUUCAUUAAUCUGGGCCAUGGUACUGUAAUUUUAAUUUAAGAGAACCCACAGUGACAUUUCAAAAGAUUAGGGGGCGUAAACAGUGGUUGGUGUGGUAUAUGUUUCCUGGCACUGUUAUGGGCCUGCAGAAGUUUUAAUACACCCAGUUAAAUGCAAUAGUUGAUGACAAGGAGCAAUAAACUUAUUAGUAGCAUUCUGCAGGGUUCUUGUUAACAUGUAUUUGGCCAGCAUUUCUAUGGUGUAUCGUAGGGCUUGUAGCAUUUGUAUGGAGUGGAGUAUAGUAUUAGGCUUCUUCCAGUGGUACCGUAUUUACCCGUGUAUAAUGCGCACUUUUUUUCCCUGAAAUCGACCUUCAAAUUUACUAUGCGUAUUAUACACGGAUUCCAUUGUUUGAUUCCAAUGAACUGUUCUCAAUUUCGAUCCAUGAAUAAAUUAAAAUGCCUAUUUAAGAAACAGCUGAUCGAGGAUAACAACAUGUGAGAUUGUCACUAUAGCGAUCAUGGCUACGAAACUUACCACUGUGAAACGUCAAAGUUACACUGUGUCCAACAAGUUAAGAGUAAUCCAGUUUGCAGAGCAACAUGGCAAUCGUGCUGCCGAGCGUUAGUUUGGUGUUUCUGAGAGUAAUGUCAGACUCUGGCGAAAAAGUGAAGAAAACUUCGAGAAGAUGCCUCGACUGAAGCGUGCUAACCGUGGAAAGAAACCUGUAUGGCCGGAGUUGGAGGUCGAUCUGCUGGCUUGGAUUACCGAGAAAAGAAAUAACGGUCUUGCCAUUCUGCCAUCAUUUGUGGACUGAAAGCCCUCGAACUAGCCAAGAACGAGAAGUACAGAAUUCCUGAAGGACAUUUCAAAGCUGGCAAUCACUGGUGUCAGCGAUUCAUGAAGAGGAACGGUCUGUCACUUUGACAGAAAACAACAUUAGCACAACGUCUGCCAGAUGAUUACGAGGAGAAGAUAGUCCGAUUUCAUCGCUACAUCAUUGAUCGCCGUAAAGAACACAACUUCCCACUGCAUCUCAUCGCUAACAUGGACGAAACUCCAUUGACCUUCGACAUGCCACCGAAUCGUACUGUAAACAACACCGGCGAGAAAACCAUCAAAAUACGUACCACGGGGAAUGAGAAGAAUCGAGUAACAGUUGUGUUGGCGUGCUGCGGCGAUGGAUUAAAACUGAAACCGAUGUUAAUCUUCAAGAGGAAAACCAUCCCUAAGAUCAACAACAAGCAUGGAGUCGUUGUUUCAGCCCAAGAGAAAGGAUGGAUGGAUUCAGAGCAGAUGAAAGUGUGGAUCGAAAAAGUAUGGCGUGCACGGAUCGGUGGCCUGGGGAGAAGAAAGAACUUGCUUGUUUACGACUCAUUUGAAGCUCACAUGACAGAUACUGUGAAAGCGUCCUUCAAACGCGAGAACACUGAACUUGCUGUUAUUCCUGACGGGUUAACCUCCCUUCUUCAACCGCUCGAUGUAUCUAUAAACAAACCGUUUAAAGAUGGAGUCCGAAAGCAGUGGAUGCAGUGGAUGCAGUGGAUGGCUGACGGAAUUCACGAAUUUACCGCCACUGGACAUCAAAAGAAGGCUUCGGAGGAACUGAUCUGUUCGUGGAUUUCGCAAGCAUGGAAUGCCAUUCCAUCAGAAAUGAUCGCUGCCUCUUUUCUGAAGUGUGGCAUCACAAACAAUUUGGAUGGUUCACAAGAUGAACUGAUUUACAAUUCAACCGAGAACACUCAUGAACUUGAUUAUUCAAGCAUCGAAAACCUAUUUGAAUCAGACUCUGAGUCAGAAUUUGAAGGUUUCGCUGUUUAGGAAUGCGUUGUUUAAAGACACUGAACAUUUUACUUGGUAUCCCAGAUUAGCACUUGGGUUUUUCCUCCUGGGCCGAGUUGUUCAAAGCUGUGUUAAGAUAACCCAGGGUAAGUCCGAGAUGUGAAUUCAGAUUUGAAAGCUUAAAAAGCAUUUCAGUUUGAUUUCUUUACGUCUACAAGUUGAUGAUGGGAAGAUCUAAACAUAACAGAGAAAAUUAUCCCAGAAAAUGCUUUUGAACACAAGAAAUGGGGAAAUGGGGAACACAUUUCACUAGGGAUAUGUGUUUCCCAAGUGGGGGAACACAUAUCACGGGGAUAUGCACUCCUCAGGGAACACACAUCAGGGAUAUGUGCCCCAGGUGGUGAACAACCCACUAGGAUAAUGGUUUCCCAGGUGGGUGUGAACACAUAACACCGGUGGAUGGCGCGGGCUCAGUUGUAGCCCCGCUAUUAACACUAGGAUAUGUGUUUUCCAGGGGGAAAUCACACAUCACUCAGGGAUAUGUGUUUCCCAGUUGUGGAACACACAUCACCAGUGAUAUGUGCUCAGGUGGGGGAACACACAUCACCAGGGCCAUGUGUUUCCAUAGGGAAACAUACCAUUGUGGAUAUGUGUUUCCCAGGUGUGCAACCACACCAGGGAUGUGUCUCCAGGUGGGGGAACACAUAUCACCAGAAUAUGUGUUUCCAGGUGGGUGGAAACACCUGUCACUAGGGAUAUGUGUUUCCCAGGUGGGGGAACACAUAUUACUAGGGAUAUGUAUUUCCAAAGGUGGGGGGAACACGUGUCACUAGGGAUAUGUGUUUCAGUGAGAAGACACUUAUCACUAGGGAUAUGUGUUUCCCAGGUGAGGGAACACAUAUCACUAGGGAUAUGUGUUCCCAGGUAAGAGAACACCUAUCAGUGGGAUAUGUUUCCCAGGUGAAGUAUAUCCUAGGGAUAUGUAUUUCCAAGGUCAGAACACGUAUCAUAAGGAUAUGUGUUGUUUCCCAGGUGAGAGAACCCACAUAUCACUAGGUUGUGUUUCAGGUGGGGGAACACAUGUCACUAUGGAUAUGUGUUCCUCAGGUGGGGGAACACAUAUUACUACGGAUAUGUGUUUCCCAGGUAGGGGAACACAUAUCACUAGGGAUAUGUGUUUCCCAGGUGGGGGAACACAUAUCACUAGGGAUAUGUGUUUCCCAGGUAGAGGAACACAUAUCACUAGGGAUAUGUGUUUCCCAGGUGGGGGAACACAAAUCACUAGGGAUAUGUUAUAUACGAAACUGGGAUACAUUACAUAAUAUUAUUGUAAUCAAUGAAAAAAAAAGGGAUUUGUCUUUGCAUCGAUGGGGUCCUGAGUUUUUGAUGUCAUUGAAUGUCUUGAUAAUUUCCUUUGUUUUUCUUUGAGUUCAUGGACCAGCCGAUUCUGAAAAGACUCAGUGUUAUUUUUUAGUGUGGGCCUACCGCGAACAGUGUUUGCAUUUGUAAGUUUAACGCGGGAUAACAUAAUUGAACAAUAUAUGAACACGUUCCUCGAAACGCUGCGGCCAAAUGUUAUCCAAACUGCUCCUUACUGCUGCUUCAAAAAAUUUCGGAUCAAACGACAUCCAAAUCGUCCCUCGUUGGAUUAUCCACUCAACCUAACAAAAUCAACCAAUCACAAAAUAAGGAAAAGAAAAUGGAUGUAUAAUAAAGAAAACAGCAAAUUCAUAUGUUAGGAAACAUGCAAUUUAAACUGUUUUUCUAUGAUUGCUGCAUUUCGAUCCUCUUGUCAAAAAAAUGUCAGACGCCAAUCAUCUUAGCUGACCUCUUAGGAAAGGAAAGUUUGCUUCAACGGGUUCAAAAGGUCAUUGUUUGUGAUUUGUGAUUAGUGGAUUUCGAUCCGUUUUGUGUGUUUCUGUGUCUGAAGGUUCGUUGCUUGUGAUCUUAUUGUGACCAAAUAUUAAACCCAGCGUUAAUAUUCCAAAUAUUAUUCCCUGGACUUCAGACAAAUUUCGAUGAGGUAAAAAUACUGAAGAUUCAGAUUAACUUUUGAGAUCGUAAAAGUGCGAUAAAGUGCCGUGCUAGCAGAGCUUUCUUUCCCACAUGCCUCUUACCUUGUGCAAGACGUUUACAUGGCAGACAUUCGCCUCGCUUCGCUUCUUUACUUGCCUUGCUUACGUUAGCACGUAUUGCGUGCCUAUUGCACAUUUGCGUCAAAACAAACCGUUCCCAUUACUCUAUUUGGGCCACGCCCAAAUAAUAAUAUUGUUUUAUUAAAAGUGCCCACAAAAUAUCGAGAAUUCUUGUCAACUAUAUUCGUAAAAACAACUGAUUUUCAGUUUGUUUUUAAUUUUGAGCAGAUGCAUACAGUUACCAUAUUUGGAGAGCAUGGCAUAAUGGCUCAUACACCAUGAUGGCUAAGUCAAUCAGAGCUCUAGAAUUGCAUUAUCCAGUGAUUCAGUUUUUAAUUACAAUAAUUUCUUACUGGCUGAAAUAAAACUGUUGUGAUUACCCUGCUGACAACUGGCAAAGCAAAUACAAUAUCAGAUGGCUAAUAUUGUCUUCAUAUUAAUUUUCAGUGGCUGCCAGAAUCUCCGAGGUUCCUUGUUGCUAUUGGAGAGAAGGAAAAGGCCAUGGAGGUGUUACAGAGAAUGGCAAAAAUUAAUAAAGCCAAGCUUCCUGAAGGCACUCUUAAAAUUGAGACCCAGGUACUAUUGCUUUAAAUUCAUUUGUGAAUCUGAGAGAAAUUGAGUCUUGCUGUUUGAACUGUAGAAAAGUUGUUAUUUGUAAGGUACAACAAAACUCUAGAAAAUGGUAGUGAAAUAUGUAGGUCAUUGUAUUCAACAGUGUUGAAUAUUACCUUUGCAAUGGUGACGACGAUGGCCACAAGAAUAUCAAAAAAGCAGUAGGUUUAAUCAACAAAAUGACAACUUGGCCUGUACAUCAUAUUUUUGGCACGUGUCUUUGCCAUCACUACAUUUCUAUGUUACAGGUCAAAUUUGAUCUUAGAUUAAAACUAUUUUACCUAUAUGUUGAUUUUUCAAUUUCCUUUGUCUGUUAGGACUAGAAGACAAACAAACUUAUGAAUCAACUUGCAAUCUUGGACAAAAAGUGUUGAGAAUUUUUCACUUUCUUAACCACAGAAUGCCUAUCCUGUGGAUUUGGUACCGCUAUGGCACUCCUCCCCUCACCCCACCCUGGUCAAAGUUCUUUAGUAGGGAUCAGAAAUGAUCCAGCCAGACUUCAACAUUGUUUCUUUGGGGGCAAGGGGGGGGGUAAUUGUAGUUGCCAGUGCUUUCAAGUCCUUUAUCUUGAAACUAGACAUGGUAAUGUCUCAACGGUUUUGUCUAAGAUUGUACAUGUAGGUUAAAUCAAAAUUGACCUAAAAUCAAAUUUAACCUGUAACAUCUUCACUCUGAUAUUUCUGGAAGCGACAUUUUAUGGAGAACGUAAACACAUUAAUAAGGAAUUUUUUUCCAAAACUUGGGUGCAAUUCUCAAGAAGUAAUUUUUGUAUGUACGAGUCAAUGCUCUUCACUAGCUGCUAAAUUACAGCUUCUGAGGUUCCAGUGUGUACAGAAGAAUCCUGUAUAGCACAGCCCCAUAACUAAGUCUUACGAAUGUGCCAAAUCAAAAUAAUGUUUAUGUACUUCAUUAAAAUUGAAUUACAUGUGAGUUUGCCCUCCAUAGAUAAAUAAAUAUUAAUAUCCCAGAAGAUCUUUAAAAUAUUUAUUGUCCUGUGUAAAUCAUGUUUAAUUGUUAUCAAAAUAAUAUUCUCAUUUUCCUCUUAGGUUAAUGCAGACCAAGGGAGUUUUCUUGUCCUUUUUAACAGAGAAUACAGACUAACAACUCUUCUUCUGUUGUUGACAUUGUAAGUUGUUUUCACUGAUGGUGGUGAAGCAUGCAUGAAAAGUAUGUUUUUAAUUCAGUAUCUUGACAUUUGUUCGGCAUAUUUUAUGACCAAAAAACCUGAGAAAUUAUUUUCUUCUUUUUUUUAGUUUUACUAGUGGAUUUGUGUACUAUGGUGUUGUAUUAAUGACAACUCAGUUAAUGCAGCAAACUCCAGAAAAUGGCACAUCAUGCGAUUCAGGUAUAGCUUAUCUUCCAUGGCAAAUUUGUAGUAGAUUAUUUUUUAACACUUCCUCUCCAUUGGAAAGUGAUAUGAUUAUAACUAUGAACCAGCUGAGGUGUGUGUUGCUUGAUUUGAAAGGUAUUUUUUAUGGGAUGCUGUAAAUCACACGAACACAAAUGGGUACCAGAUACUGAUAAGUGUUUUUUGAAACCCUUUCAAUCUUAAAGUCAAAAUGCAUAUUCCUCACACACUCAUCUGCGCAAUUUGUGUAAUCCUUACAAGGAGAAUUUGUUUCACAAUCAUGUCUUGCCUGGUGACAAACUGUUUUUUUCUUAACAGCCAAUUUUUUUCUAUUUACUAUGAUGACCAAUGCUCAUGGUUUGGAGCACAGCCAUUGAAAUCCACGCAACCGCAGUUAUAUCGAUAAAACAACUGAAAAACCACAGCUUUUUACAUGAAACAUGCAAUUUUCCCAUUCCCAACCACCCUUGUUUUCAGCAAAACUUAAGGAUGAGCAUGAUCAGUGUUCAUACGAGAUGCAAAUAUUAUUAUACUGCUGAAACCUUGAAAAUAAAAAUCAGGAACAGGAUGCUCAGAAAUUUAAUAAAAAGUGUCCAGACAACUGCUGAAAGACACCACAAAACCCAAUGCCCCAACAGCCAACGCUAUUAAAAAUCAGUAAAAUAAUUAUCUGUUAUGGAUAUUUCCUCAAUAAUGAUGAAACUGCUAUAACAACAGUGUUGGGGGACAAAUUGUAGUAAAUUCAAGCUGUUGCUUAUUUGUUUAAUUUUCUUUUAUACGUUCUUCUUUGUAUUAGAGAGUUUAUCAUUGUCUACCUCAACCUGUGGCUGUAAACUUCUCACUUAUGCAGACUACAUUGGCCUUCUAUGGACCUCUUUUGCAGAAUUUCCUGGUAAGUCACUGAAUAUUAUUGUUGCAGGCCACUGAGUAAACAUUGUUCCAUAAGGAAAACUCACCCAAAAGGAUGCUUUUCAUUUUGAUGCCAAGAAUGCAUGAGUAUAAAUUUUCAGAUUGUCUUGAGUGCGUGUCAGCUUGUGUGUUGUUUUAUUUUACUUCAUCAAUUUUCUUUUUCACGGGGUAUGGGAGAAUGAUAACCCUUUGCAUUGAAGGUUACUCUGCACGCUUGUAAAGUCGAUGAACAAAAUUCAAUUAAGUAGCACGUGAGGGAGGCACGCAUCUCAAAGCCCAAAGAAUGUCUGUGUGGGAGUCUACAAAUUAAGAGAAUUCAGCUAUGGGCCAUUUUAAUGCUAGAGAUUUCAUUAUUGUCUGAGGCAUUAAAGUCAUCUUUUGGCCAGGGCUGUUGCUAACAUUUCAAGUUGCCAGGUACAUGUAUAUCCAAUUAUGAGGAGGGGAAUUUUACAGCAAGGAAGUACUUUGGUUCUAUUUGCCUUUUGUUUUCCAUGAAAGUAGCCAUGACUCACGCUCAUAGUAGCCGGGGAAAAUCCCCGGCCCCUGGCUCUUAGUGACAGCCCUGUUUGACGAUUUAAACAUCUAGCAUAAAAAUGGUAAAUAAAGGCAGAUGCAUUUGGUUCUGAGGACUUAAACGUCUAAUAGAUGAGUUUAAUGUCUCAGAUGUUUACAAUUGUUUCUGAUAUAAAAAUCGGACCCCGUAAACUGGGACACAUGCCCAUCUAAUCAAUUUUAUUUUGCCCUGUUUUUUGCUGUUCUUAAGUCUAAUGUGGUCUAACAUCCAUGUGCAACCACCUCUUAGACGGCUUGUAAGCAACCACCUUUAUAAAGUACUAGUCAGAGUAUAAUUGGAACCUCUUCCAAGCAACUUCCUGCCAUUGGUGUGUCUGGCAUUUGCUUGCUGGCCGUUUGACUCUCUGUAAUUUUUCAGGAAUACUGUUCACAAUGCUAUUUAUGGAGAGGCUCGGAAGGAAGAAAACUAUUGCUGGAGAGCUUUUAUUGACAGCUGCAAGCCUGUCAUUGUUGUUUUUCUGUACAGAUAGGUAGGAGAUUGUUUUAAACACAAAAAAAGCCUAAAUUAGUGCCGUGGAACCCUGAUAUAAUGAAGAGCCAAACCUUUUCAUCAUAACGAGGUUUCAUUAUAUCAUGUAUUUUACUAUUACUGGGGCAAAAAAUAUAGUUCAUUAUACCGAGGACCUUAUAUUGAGGUUUCACUCUACAUAACAGUAAAUUAUUUUGCCAAAUAAGUGCAACACAGUGACAAUGGUAAUUUUUGUAAAAAACAAAAAAGAUAAUGUGAAUUAUUAAGCUAACAAAUACACCGAGGCAUCCAUUCAAAGAGCUUUCCUUGACCCUUUCCAUCCCCAGACUGAUCUUCAUAUCAGGCACGGAUCCCACCAGUUUACACCGUUUUAUGGAAAUCGGUCAGAUUUUUCAUAAAAAAAUACAUUGUUUUCUGGAAAAUGGUUUGGAUAAUGUUUUUUUUCAAUUUCCAGGCAUUAUAAAUGUACUGUUUGUACUAUUUGUCAGCUUAGUCUAAUAUUCUGAGUUCUCUAUUUUCAGGAAUCUGACAUUAGUUUUUAUCUUCAUGGUGCGUGGGCUUUCUUUAGGACUUUUCCAGGGAUUCUAUGUGUAUGCUCCAGAGGUUAGAUGUUCUUUGAGUUCAGACUUAAAGAUAGUAUUUCCUUAUAAGCCAUUUUAAGGCAUUCCAAUCAGAUUGAAGACGGUUUACCUUGCCGGUUUCAAAUGUUUCUUGUCUGUUGCAUAGGACAUGGCAAGGAUCUCAUGGAUAUACCCACCACGAGUCCCCAACUACGUAACAUCGAACAUAUUUUUAUAGAUGUACCUUCACUCGUUUCCAUUCCCCUCAAGUUGCCUUCAUCUCCCUGGGGGUGGAUGAAUGGAAAUGAAGGCUAUUGUGGGUAAAUAAAUGCCAAUACAGGUAGAUGAAGUCAACUGCAGGUGUUUGAGGGGAAUGGAAACGAGUGAAGGUACAUCUAGAAAAACAUGUUUGAUAUUACAUAGUUGGGGACUCGUGGUGAGUAUAUCCAUGAGGUCUUUCCCUAGGACACGACAGUUACAUAUCAAGUUUCUAAUUAUCAUUAAAUAUUAACUCUCAUCUUGACCUCUAAAAUUGAAACCUGAGAUUUGUCGCCCAAGCUAGGAGAGUGUUAAUGAUUUUGGAAACUUGAGAUAUAACUGUUGCGCGCCAAACAUGAUUGAACACUGGAAACUAGCAAGGUAAACUGUCUUCAAUCUAAUUCAAAUCGCUUCCAAAACAACUCAAGUCUUAGGAACACCGGUGGCCUGUGCCAUAGCCUGUUUCAGGCUCUCAGAUGGGGGGAAUGACGCGUUAGUGAAAGGCACACGAAAAUAUGAACGCGUGUGCAGACGUGACUAUCUCAGAUGCCUAUCUCUACCUGCACCACAGAUGGAAAUUGGCUUCCCGUUAAGUCUGUCUGCAAAACAGCGCCAACAUCCUUGUUCUGGGUCCCCAUACCACCUGCACACUAGAAUUUGAGUACGCACUGUGAUUGGCCAAUUAAAAGGGAAAUUCGAAAUGCAUUUCUGACGAAUCAGGUGUCUGGUGAUCCAUUGGGAUCGUGGCUCAUGGCUGGAAGUUAGAGUUUACCAGCCAUGAGGGUCUAACUCUGCCGAGGGGCUGGCUUUGCUAAAAGUGGAAGCCCCUGGACAUCCCGGACACCCACCUCCACUAAGUGACAUAGUUGCAUAAUACGCUUGAUUUGAAAAAGCUUUGACUGGCUGUUUUGUUGAAUUGUAGGUGUAUCCCACAAUAGUUCGAUCAGUGGGUUUUGGCACAUGCGCCUGUAUGUCUCGAGUGGGGGCUAUGAUAACACCAUAUGUAGCUCAGGUGAGGACUGUGCUACAAAGCAACUUUAAUUUGUAUUUGUGAAAAAAUUGAAAAAAUCUUCCAUUUUCCCUUUUAUUAACCCUUUUGCCAAAGCUAAAAUUCAACAAAAUUUCCUAGUUAUAAUUUGGUAAAACGCUGACAUGUAAAAGUACUUCCAAAGGCUGGGUUUCAUUUGAAUCAUGAUGUUCAUACAAAAGGAUUUUGCCCAGACUCAAAAGUUGGAAACACCCUAUUACAAACUUUAUGCUUCAAAUUGUAAUUAGUUCAUUUUUCUUUCUUAUGAUUAGGAAAAUUUCAUCCAUUUACUUGUGCUUUUAAAUUGGCUUGAAAAAAAGAAAAAGAAAAGAAGGCAAAACUGCGCUACAUUACAGGAAACAUGGUACAAAUUGAUUAAUUCGUGUAUUUUGUAAAAACGACCAAAAACUCCCUUAAAAAUAACCCUGAUUUAUUGUAAUUUAUUCAACGCUGACCGAGGGUUCUUGGUACUAAUUUCAGUUCCGGUUUUGACCCAGAACGGUGUUACUUAUGAUCGACAAUUGCGUGUGUUUAUUUUUUUUCUGUAGGUACUGGUGAGAGUUUCCAUUAAUCUCUCUAGUGGCGUUUAUAUCGCGUUCUGUGUGAUGGCUUUUUUCGCAACACUUCUUCUGCCUUAUGAAACCAAAGGAAGACCCAUGCAGGUAAGCUAAAGAAAUAUUUAGGGCCUGUUUACAUGGAGAUGAGGCACCCCUGGUAGGUGAUGUAACCUGCUUAGGUGGGGUAACCCGCCUGUCCAUAUAAUCUCUUAUUUUAAUUUGAUCACAUUCACAUGGUAGGUGGGGUAACCAUCUAAGAUAUUAAAUGGACAGGCGGGUUACCCCACGUUAGCAGGUUACCUUACCUGCCUGGGGUCUUCCACCUCCAUGUUAACAGGUCCUUAGAUUACUCUUACUGCUCCAGUGACUUUGGGCUGCUUAUAUGGAGAAAGGAGGGCCACUUGCUUACCCGAGCUACCCUGGGCGAGCAAACAUUUCCUACGUUUCGUUACAAAACCUAGCAAAUUGUUUUUAAGUUGGCUCAGCUAGAAGUUUUCGAUGGUAGGCUCACCCUCCUGGCCGAGCCAACUUUUCUCCAAAUAAACACUUUGACUUGCCCAGCCAGGUCAAAUCGGUCAAGACAAAACACUCAGAGCAUGCACGAGCGCUUUCGUCAGCACUCGGCUCGGAUGAAGUGGCCAAUUUUUUUCUCAUAUAAAUGCUCACUAAAGUUGACUCGGCUGGAAUGGUGACCCUCUUUCUUGGGACAACUUAUUAUCCAUGGAAACGGGGCCUUACAAAGCCCUGGGCCCAGUGCAUAAGUGCUGACGUCGGAUGAAACAACUAGCAUCUGACUAUCAGCCCAGUCAAACUCUUUUUUCACGUCAGACAUUACCAGUUACGCCUGCUGUUAGGUUUUAUGCACCUGGCGACCCUGAUCAGAACCGUAAUUUUGUUUUUAUGCAUUUCUCUUUGUAGGAGAUGUAACCAGUUAUUAUUGGAAAGGUGGCACUGCAAAAUACGAUAAGUGUCGCUUAGCCCGUUCACUCCCGAAAGUUACCAAAGUCAAACUUAACAAAUCUGAAAAACAAGUUGAACCAUGUGAAAGUACUGCCCAAAAGGUUGAAAUUUAAACAUGGGAAUUGCUUAUUUUUCACUUAACCAACCUGUUUGGUGCUGAAUGUGGUAAAUUUGACUACUUUUUAUGAAAAAAGGCUAAUUUGAAACAAAUUGGUAACACAGAGGAUCUCAUCCAUAGACUCCAAAGUUAGAACCAACUUACAAGACUUUCACUCUGGAAGUGAAGAGUUAAUGUUGGGAAACCUCUUACGGUUACUUUAUUUAUAUAUUUCAUUAGAUUUACAGUCAAGGCAGGUCAAGCGUACCCCCAAGAUUCCAUUAAUGAAUUGGUUAUUUGAAAAAUGAAUCUGGUAAUCGUUCCCGUAACUAGUGUCAAAUUCAAAUCGGCAUUCGUGCAUGCGUAAUGAGGUGUGAAUAUUUUAUGAGAACUUCUCUGUAUCGGGUCAGAGAGUAAUAAAUUUAUUAAUGGAACCUUAGGGGGUACGCUUGACGUGGCUUGAGUGUAGUGGGGCUAGAGUACGCUAUUUUUGUGCAUUUUCAACACUUACCCAAACGGUCACAGAACUGGCUGAAAUAUCUUAUAGCUCCCUGAGACUGUAGAAUACCAGAGAAAUGCAAAAAAAGCCAAACAAGAGCAUGGGUGGGUAAAACUGAAGAAGAUUAAAACGGAUUCCACUAAGGUUAGCUUGAAAAAACAGCGGCCAUCUUUUUUCUGGUAUUUAUCAGUGUGUAUGGUGUGACUUUCUUGAGAGUCAUCUACAUUUGCUGUGUGAGAAUGGGUUUCUUCAGUAAAAGGCGUCUCUCCCACCAAUUUAUAGUGCAAAACUCGUAGUUUACGAAAACAUACAAAAUCAUUGAAUCUAGUGUGUCCUCUAGCCCCUUGAAGAUAAAAUUCAAUACCAUCAACUUUCGGUAGAAGUUAAAUACCAAAAUGUUGUAAUUUUUCAAAGGGAAUAAUAUAUUUAAUUCUGGAAAGUAUUGCUAAUUUAUAUAAGAUAUUUUCUUAUUCCUCGGGUGUAAAUAUGUGAAAUUAUCAUAUAACUAUUUUCACGUGCACGAAUGUAGGUGGUAAAAGUGAUAUAAAACCUUUCACUGCUUUCAAUUGGACACAGUUGCUUUGUCACAACUGUAUAUAACCUUAACUUUUUCGGACAUACAGUCGAACCUUCACUAACGGCCACCUCUCCACAAUGGCGACUUUUUUUUCCGCACAGCCCAUACACUCACUCUUGUUUCAACCUCUCUACAACGGCCACUUUCUUCUGACCCCAAGGUGACCGUUCUAGAGAGGUUCAACUUUGCCCUGUCAGGGGCACCCAACAACGGUUUCCUCCUAAGUACAUUGAAAACAGUUUUUAGGCUAUGCAAAGUAGUUUUAGAUCACUAGAAAUGCAUUCUAAGUGGCGCUAUAAAAUUUGUAUCCCUUCGUUCAUCCUAGGGGAAUUUGAGUCUUUUCGAAAUUACAAGGGAUUCAGUAUUAUUUUCCCGAAAAUUUUAGAUGCAAUUUUGAAAGUGAGAAAGUGAGAAUUUUUCUGAUUCUAAGUUUAGGUUUCCUUUGUUUCUACGAAAAAUGGCCUAACUUGGGAAGUAAAAUGCAAAAAUAAAACUUCAGAAAAUCGUAGGGAACUUAUUAGAUAGGCUUCGAAAACUGUACAUGAACCGAACGGUCAUCUGGUCAUCUAGAAAUUUUUAGCCGUCCUCAAGUAAUAGAAAAUUUUAGGCAAUAUUUGCUUCUCCGAACAGAUAUUUUACAGAAAACAGUCGUUUGGUGCCCCUGCCUUGUUAACCCUUAUGGUCCCUAGAGUGAGCAACAUCAAUUUUCUCCUAACAAUAUCCAUACAUUGUCAAGAGGAAAGGUUAGGAGAAUUCAUAAAAUGAUCUCUGAAGGCAAAAUACUUUGAUCUUUUAACAACUCAACUAUUUUUUUAAGAAAAUGUAUUAAAGAUCAGUCUAAGGAAAAAGCCUUUUCCAAGUUACUCCGAGCCUCUACUUCAAAGUGAGGCUAAGUGCGACGCCAUUGAUAUGAAAAUGAUUAUUUUUUUAAAAAUUAAAAUUAUCAUUAUUUAAUUAUUAUUAUUAAUUAUUAAUUAUUAUAAAUAAAUUAUUACAUUAUUAUUAAUAAUAAUCAUUAUUAUUAAUUAAUUAUCAUUAAAUUAUUUAUUCUUAUGUAAAUAGAACUCAUUUUCACAACGAUUUUCUCAAGAAAGAUGUUGCACUUAUUCUCGUUUUGAAAGGGAGAGUUUGGGGUUGCAAAUGGCCUAUUUGUAUAUGGAUAUUGCUGGGACUCAAAGGGCUAACACUUUUAGAUUAUUAUUUUGUUGUUAUUGCAAUGAUUGCCCUUCCUUUGGGGGCCACGCUAACCAUAACGGUUAACGUAACUGUUUCAUGGGACAUUUUACUGUUUGUUUAGCUCCCAAAGGGAGUUGAGUACGUACCGUGUUUAAUCUAUGUAGCCCCCUUGGUGGCUUAUACAUUUUGCCGUGCUUCAAGAGUUGAGCAAACUGUAAAAUGCCAGCGGCUGUAUAAAUUUAUAUUUCAGAUUCCCUUUGAAAUUUCAUAAGUCAGGGACUGUUCUUGUAAAAAAAGGUUGGUGACAGCAUCCCAUUGUUUCUGAACCAAUGCUGUUGAGGCAGUGGGGAGGCGGGCGGAGAUGAGUGAGUUCACACAGGGCAACUCUGAAAUAUCCUCUUCACAAUGGACUCUUCUUGUUUUGCAGUCUAGACCUGGCGUUUAGUCUGUUAUCGUUCAUGAAAAUAUUUUUUGAAACAUUUUUGAUAUCAUAGCUCUAUUUAUUGCCGCGGAAUAAGCUGUUAGGUAUGUAAAAAACAUUAAAAUAAACUAAGUGGG